UAUGGGUUAGGGGAAUUUAGCAUAGCUCUAUGGAUAGGUAACAUCGACUAAUAGUAUACAUACGAUACAUGCAUAUUCACACCCGCGCGUCGACGAGUCACAAUACAAGAUACGAUCCUCCUCUUCCUGUUUCAGCCGCAAGACUAGGCCAUGAGCUUCUAAUCAUGAAGUCCCUAGGAUAGGUAUCUCUCGAAGAUAAGGCGUGCUUAUCAAUUUUACUUUCAUCAAGUUUUUUUUUUGUGAUGAAGUAGAACCCGAUCACAUCUCUCGAAUUUGAAUUGAGAUUAUAACCCACUAACUUGAAUAACGCCCAACUAACCAAUCGUUAAACCAUGCCUCUCGAACUACAGCCUGCCACCGAAGCCGACGCGCGCCGAGCAGCCGAGAUCGAGUCUGCGGCAUAUGGGCCGAACCCGUUCAGCCAGAUCCUAUUCCCGGGGCCGUUCCCUCCGGAGGCAGUGGCCGGGCGCGGUGCCCAGUUAGCUGCCGAGCUCAAGAAGGACCCCACGGCGCGCUGGCUCAAGGUAGUCGAUACAGAUUUGCCCGAAGGUGAACAGAUGAUUGCUUUCGCCAAGUGGCACAUUUAUACCGAGAAGCCGCCACAGCCAGCGCCUCGAUCAUUCGGCCCAGGUUGUAACGCCGAAGCGUGCGAACUUGUGUUUGGAGACCUUGCGAAGCUGAGGUCGCGCAUCUGGGGCGAUAAGCGUUCCGUCUACCUCUCGCUCCUCCACACCGAUCCCAAACAUCAGGGCCGGGGCGCGGGCGGCAUAUUAACUAAAUGGGGACUCGAGGAGGCAAAAAGGCUCGGCCUUGUUGUAUACCUUGAAUCUUCUCCGGCAGCUCACUCGCUGUACGAGAAGCAUGGGUUUCGCGAUGUUGAGAUCCUAACAGCCGACUUGAGUAAGUGGGGUGCGACGGAGGAGCAUAAGAUAUGGUCGAUGAAGUACGAUCCGUCUGAGAUUGCUGGUUGAAAAGCAUUU